GUCUCCGGCUCCCCCGCUGCCUCGCUCGCUUCUUCCGCUCUCCUUCCUCCUCCUCCCCUCCUCGCCUCGGACCCCGGCUGCCCGAGUUGCUCCGGGCCCCGCUGGGCGGGACCGUCCGCGGGGCUGGCCUGGGGUCCCCACACACCCUCGCGCACUCUCCCCUCAGCCCCAGCCCGGCACUCCGAGACCGCCCCGUCGGGGCUUCCAGUCUUCUCUGGCUGCCCUGAAGGGUUGUAUACACUCGCUGCGUCGUCUAGCUUCCUGCCCGUGUCCCUGCGCGUGUCCGGGACCCAGGAAUCUAGGCGCCCGAAAGGCAAGACCCUUGUCUCGUCUUCCUGCGCAUUUGAUCUAGCUGUCAGCCCCCGACCGCACUCCCUCUUUCUCCCCUGGCCACCCCUCCCAUCUUUGGGCAACCCAACCUCCUUUACUGGCUGCCCCAGCCUGCCUUCUGCUCCCUCGCCCCAUUCAUACCCAGGGGGACUCUAGACGGCGCCUGGGCCUCAAUGAAGGGCACCGCCAUCCAACCUUCCACCCCAAGAUCUGACACCCGGGGCUGUCCUUGUUCUCCCUCACCGUCAGUCCAUCACCAAAGCGGGCACAUCUUCACCUCCUAAAGCUUUGUUUCUGUUCACUUCUCACUACCACCAAGACUUCCACGAGGCCCCAGAGUACUAUCUCCUCCCUGAACUGCUGUGAGGGUGUCUUUAAGAGGCCGCUCUUCUUCCUCUCUUGGCAGCCAGAAGGAUGCUUAAAUCCUCAGUGAGGAUCACCUCCAUUUCCCUUAUUCCUCAAACCUUGGGAGAUUCCCAUCUUGCUCAGAGUCUUGGUAGAGAGACUAAAAACAGAAUCCCUUGGUGUCCUCUGCUCCCUGUCUCUCCCACUCACAGGCCUUACAGUUUCUUGAACAAACCACGCUCCCUCCGCACUCCACGGCCUUUGUGCAUGCUGACCCUGCUACCUGGAAUGCUCUUCACUUGGUUAUCUGAUGAACUUCUCUUUACUCUGUGAUCAUCCCACAGUGUCACUUCCUCAAAGAAGACUUCCAUGGCCUCUCCUGCCUGGAUUAAUUCUGAUUCAACUGGCUUGCUUCUCUUCAAGCAAUGUUCAUGAUAAAUCCUUUACUUAUAAGGUUUCCUACAACCUUAUCACGAGACAUCUUGUAUAUUCCAUCUGAAGAAAGCUCUGGACAAAGAAUAACUGAGCUCAGGGCAAUCUGUCUCACCUUAACAAGUGAUAAAGAUAGAGAAAAUGAAAAAGAGAAAAAAUCAGUGGUCUGUGUUGAGGGCAACAUUGCAAGCGGGAAGACGACGUGCCUCGAGUUCUUCUCCAACACAACAGACGUUGAGGUGUUACAGGAGCCAGUGCCCAGGUGGAGAAAUGUCCGAGGUCAUAAUCCUCUGGGUCUGAUGUACCGCGAUGCCUGUCGAUGGGGCCUCACGCUGCAGACGUACGUGCAGCUCACCAUGCUGGAACACCACACUCGUCCUCAGACAUCACCUGUACGGUUGAUGGAGCGGUCGAUUCACAGCGCAAGAUAUAUUUUUGUAGAAAACCUGUAUAGAAGUGGGAAGAUGCCUGAAGUGGACUAUGUGAUUCUGUCGGAAUGGUUUGACUGGAUUGUGAGGAACAUCGACGUGUCCGUUGAUCUGAUAGUGUAUCUCCGGACCACUCCUGAGACCUGUUACCAGAGAUUGCGGCUGAGAUGCAGGGAAGAGGAGACAGUCAUUCCCCUGGAAUACCUGAAUGCUAUUCACCACCUCUAUGAGGAGUGGCUCAUUAAAGGGGCCCUUUUCCCUGUGACAGCCCCUGUUCUGGUGAUUGAGGCUGACCACGACAUGCAGAAAAUGUUAAAACUCUUUGAACAAAACCGGGACCGAAUAUUAACUCCAGAGAAUCAGAAACGUGGUUCAUAGGAUGGGAAAGAUCAUGCCACACAAAUGCCCACUGCUGCCGAGUUAGCUGUUAGGAACAAUUUGGAAAGAGCCACUCUCGGGAGUGUUUUGUAUCUGGCCACAUUUGUUUUCCUGAUGGUCUUUUCCUCUUUGCCAGUGUCUUCAUCCUGGGUCUCUGGCCCUUGAGGGUAAAUGACAAAUGGGACCAAUGGGUUUGUCAUGCCCUUUGGUGUUUGCAGCCUUCAUUCCCCCAGCACCUCUUCUCGUGGUUUCCCACUGCCGGGUCCCCGUGAUUAAGGGAAGAACCUCCUGAAGUUAUGCUGGCCUUAGGGUCUCGAACCCUUCCAGCUACCCAGGAGGGUGAGGUAGUGGCCUCAUCUCCCAGGGAAGAAGUUGAAGUUCAGAGAGGCUAAGGGACUCCCCCAGGGUCACACAGCCGGUGAUAGUGGCGUUGGCACAAUUCAGACUUUGGGUGACUUUAAAGCACUCUCUGCCUCAUCCCGAAAGCCCGUCUUCCCUUGCUAGAGAUCACACAUCUGUGUGGGGAGAGCCAGCAGGGCCUGGAGCCAGUAUCAUCAUUUUCUGUUUAUCUGAGCAGUUCGCGAGGACAGUCAGUGUUCUUAGACUUUCACAAAAUUGUGCUGGGUGUGGCUUGAGCUCAUUGUUCAGUGGUUUCCCAGCGUGAGGCUGCUGUGGCAUUUACCACCUCGGCAUCUGGACUUCCACAUCCUUAGGAGAAUCAUGCGUCGGCUCCUGACUGUGCUUGGUCUCCUUGGUGACGCAAGCCUCGCCUGAGCUGCUGCCAGUUCUAUGUCAGGGAAAUGGCUCUGGUGCCUGGGUGGUUUGCCCAGGGCCAAGCUGGGACAAGGAGCCACCAGUCCUGCCUUCUGAGGCCUCCGUACUUUGUCCUGGCCUUGUGUGAAGAGCUUUGCCCUUGGAAUUACUGAGAGUUUGGGGCCCAGGGAAGAGACACAAGUGGCCUUAAGUCUUUUUGAAAUGUUUUUCCAUCCAAGGAGACACUUUGGACCACAGAGCAUGAAAUCAUCUUUAUUGGUUCAGAGAAUAUCUUAGCUUCAAUCAGCUGCAACAAUGCGUCAAAGCCACAGCUGUCUCUUGAGUCAAGUGGGAAGUAAGAGAAAGAAAGAACAUUCUCUCGGGGGCAGUCUGGACAGGAAGAUCAGGGCUUGCAAGCAAAGGCUCUUGGAGCACUGGUGCUCCUGAUAUUUUGGAGGUGGGUGGAGAGAGCUUUGAGAAGACUGGUCGUAAACAUGGGGAAGGGUCAGUUGUGACUUUGGGGAAACUGGCCUCGGCCUUUCCUGAGCAGCGGUUGGCAUCGACGAAGGUCAGAAGGCCUCAUCCUGGCCUCUGCGUGCGUGUGGCACCUGUGCGUGCAGCUCUCUGACUCAACGUGGGUGACUGGAGGCCUGGUGGUCCUGUCCCAGAGGGAGGCAAGCACUGUGACUCCUGGACCAGUUCUUGGGCGCCAUGGGCAGGGUGAGGGGCAGGAGCCCAGCGGGGACGUGUCUCCCAAAUGUCAGGGGUUGACCAGAAGUCCAGAGGAGGCAAGUGCCGGUGCACCAGGUGUGUUGAUGAGCCAGGGCAGUCUUUGGGAAUUUAUAAGCGAACAGCCCAGUAUUUUCCCCACAGCUCAAUUUGAGCAUCUGUUUUGGGAGAAAUGUGAUUUUAAAAAAAGUAAAGUGUUGCCCCGUGGUAGCCAGUAAAUCCUUCCCCUAAAACCUGGUGUUAAUCUUGGCGUGCUGCCUAGGCCAGUGACUUGAGCUCCCGGCAGCAGCAUCCUUUUGCCAGUAGGAUAAUGUGUUUUCAUUUUUUAAGCCCCAUCUUUCCCAACGUGGGAUGUGUGGGUGCCGGAGCACUCACCAUCCUCUUGCUUUGGCAUCGCGGAGCGGAUGCCACGUAUCUGCAGCGGCCAGGGCAGGGGCCGAGAUCUCUCAGCCCAGCUGUGUCCCAUGAAUCGGCUGGUGCCCAGCUUGCAUGGACGAGGGUUGCUUUCCCCGUGUGGCAGGCAGGGCUGGUGGCCUCAGGGGUCGCGGAGCAGUUAUAGAAAUCAGGGCAGAAAAAGGUCAGAUGGCACAUGGUAGGCACAGGGCCUAGUGUUUAGAGCAGAGGGAGCCACACCGCAGGGAAUCUCGGGAAUGGCUGGGAGGAGCAUGGCAGGGGCUGGUGUCUCUAAAUUGCCAACAGAGCAAGCCAGGGCAAUGACAUCCUUGAUUUGCUGGUGUUGCCCCAUUUUUACCCCGAGGUGGGAUUCCGUUGGACAUUAGGGGAGCACACCCCAGAACGGCUGCAGCUGCUUUGACUCUUGGUAGUUACAAAAUUUUUUGGAAUAGCACAUAGGUUUUCUUUUAGUCAGUAUUUUCAGUGAAAUAAUUCUAAUUUACAUGUCAGCUUUUUAAUUUUAUAUGCAAGAGACAUGAUUAGAAUAAUUCCGAAAUAUUUCAUGUACCUGGUGAUUAAAAAAAAAUGAGAUCGAAGUGUAUUUCUGUUUCACAUGAAAAUGCGGAGGUGGGUGAUUCAGGGCUGGUGUGGUGGCUCUGAGGCUGUCAGGGUCCCAGGCUUUUUCUGGCUUUCUGUUCCCAGUUCAACUUCCUGGUGCGUGGCUUCCUUCCUUCAGGGACUUCCCUGUCCAAGAUGGUGCCAGAGCUCCUUAUCUGUCUACUGUUGGCAUCAGGACAUACUGUCCCCCGCUUGCAUGUUAAUUCUAAUGUGGAUGAUGACCUUUGCAAGGCACAACUGAGAUAAGCUAGAAGGUCCUAACAGGAUUUUGCCAGAGGCCUUGGAGGUGGGGCAAAGGCACGAGGGAAGUCAGGACCCACAGGUUGGACCACAGGUCGGCGUCAGGGCUGUGGUGCCCUCUGGCCCCACCUGUCCUUCCCUCUUGCCUUCACAUCACAUCUCCCUCCUUGCCUGGUGCUAUGAUGUCCUUGGCUCAACCUGCAUACUGCAUCGAGUGGAGCCUGGUGAGGGCACAGACCACCUGGUCCGACGUACUCCCACAGCGUGGCUUUCAGGAGGCCCUCCCUAACCGUGGACCCUGAGAAAUGUCACCUUUCCGUUUCUCUUCCUACCCCCUUUUCAUUUCCUCCUGAGCCCCUUACAUAGAUGCGAAGUGCCCCUCUCCCUGCCUGUGGAAUACCUCAGUCAGAGACCCUUCCAGGGCCUCCCGCAGACUCCCACCACCAGACCUGGGGAAGGAUUGAAGCAUUUACAACUCUGAGAGCAGGUAGAUGUUUCUAGAACCUGUCUACCCCUGGGUGCUAUUGAAUCUAUGCCGUCUUGUUUUCCUAGAGCUCUGGGGCCGGUUGGGGGCGCUCACUUCAAAUGCUCCCAUCUGUGGAAUGAGUAACAUUCAUCCCUGUGGCCUCACCACCAUGAAGAUUUACAGUUAUUAAAGUAAUUGACUAGCUCCUGGAAAUGUCAGCCCUCCCUGUUGAAAAUCUAAUAACAAUAAUACCCCGCCUGGUGCCUCUGGGCUUUGACAGUGGAUUACUCACCCGGGGCCCCAGGGUCACUGGCACGGGACUUUUUUUCCCUCAUAACCUCAACCCGGCAGCUCCCCUAAGGCCGAGUGAACUCUGUGUUCCUCUAGUUUACAUAAGAUAGUGAGCUUGCCAAAGGCUGUCAUUAAACAGAAGCCAAGAGAGAGCCAGUCUUGUGGAGUCCAGAGUGGGUAUCCGCAUUUACUGCCGUCUUCCUGAAUUUCUGCAUUUCUUGGCUUUUUCUUCUUCAAGGCUGGGGUCUGUGGAACACAGGUGUCCUGGGAGAUAAUAAUAGGUUUUCUGAGACAGGAGGGUUCCGUAGUCCGGGAAAUUUGGGAAGCGCCACCUGGGUACUUUCUCUGAGACACCCAAGGUACAGUAGUUUAGUUACACUCAAGCAGUCCUGGGAGAGAAACACCUCUCAACUUUAUUUAUCAGGGACUCUCAAACUCAUUGACAGUAGAACCCCUCACUGGGAAUAGCCAUUAACAGUCUGCACGUGUGCUGCUGUUCCUCGGAAUGCACAUUGGGAAGAGCACUGUUUUAGGGGACCUGCAGCUGCUGCUGACUCUUGGCUCUUGUGUCCUUUGGGAGUCUCUAGCUCCUGGUUCUGCAACGUCAGCACACCUGAGUCCCCAGGAGGGCAUGUUAAACAUGGAUCACGAGGCCCACCCUCAGCGUUUCCAACUGAGCACGUCUGGGGUGUGCCCAAGGAUCUGUUCUCUAACACCGUUCCAGGUGACGAUGAGGCUGUAGACCAGGGACCACCCUUUGACAGCCACCUCUCUAGAUUGAUACUUUCUAGAAUUGGACAUCCCGGAGUUCCAAGAAGACUUGGCACCUUGUUGGUUGUUGGACGUCUUGUGAGUGUUGGGUACCCUGUCUGUCAGUUGAGAGAAUUGCUCACUACUCAGGACUUGGCUCAUGGAAGGGAUCUGGACCAGGGCCCGGUAUGCAGCAAGCAUCCCUGUAAAUGUUCGUUCAUCUGAUGUGGCCCAGAAAACGGGGCCAUAAUGCGGUUACUUGGCUGAGUAAUGGCAGCAGCUGCAGUGACUGGCACUUUCCAUCAGAGUGGCGUGGAUGCGUGCUGUCACCAGUUAAUCGGGCCGCCUUGACUAAUCUCUUCAGUUGGUACAGGUCACAGGCCUGGUUGAGGCUGACCUUCGGGACCAUACCUCUGAAAAGUGCCUCAUGGCCUUUCUGGAAUAACAGAGCCUGGGGCAGGCAAUGGGCCUUUCUUUUCUUUUUAAAAAUGUUCCUGCUUCUCAUGGGGACUCUGGAUCGGCACCUUGCAUCCUGUGGCACGAGAGAGAGGCCUGGAGAGACAUAGCUGCUUCUCAGGCCAAGGGAACAGACACUCCUUGUACCAGCAAGGCCCUGGAUUCCUUACACAAUAAACUGAUGGUUUUCUAGUCUGUCUGUCUUCUUGGAGAUCUCCUUCUCAAUGGGCUCAGGUGACCUCUCACUCGUCCUUUCCCUAAAGGCAGAGCAGAUUUGUUUGUAGCCUGGGACGGGUAGAUGUUGGCAGCUCCAGGCUCAUCUUAGGAAAUGCCCAGAAAAAAAAUGGGCAAUGGCUGGUUAAGUUUUAAGUGAAUUUUACCUUUUGGGAUCCAUUUGGCUUUGUGGGUGGGACUUGGGCUUUGGGGUCAGAAUAUGAUCUGGGAUCCCAGUUCCCUUCUUUAUUGGGUGCAAGACCUUGGGCAGGUCACCUCACUUCUUUGGUCCUGUUUCUUUCUCCCCUGGACGCUGGGGUUCUGUUUUCUUCCUCAUGAGGAGAGAGUCUGCACAGACUCCGAAGGGGUAAGUUAAAUGAGGGAUGGGCACAGAGGGUCUGGAGCGGUGCCAGGCUACUCCCUGCUCCUUCAAACCCGUUUCAACUCUCUGUAGUUGGCCGGAGAAGAGACCAGACUUUCUUGCACCUUCCUGGAGGGGGAAGCUGUUGGUGGGCUGCUCCAAGCCAGGAUUGUGGAGAUGCUGCGUUCUCAUUGUUAAGACCUGCUUCUUCAUCAGGGCUGUGGGGGAGCUAGUAUUUCAGCGUCUUCGCCAGCCAUUUGCUCAGCCUGGAGUCCUCAGGCCAUCUGUAAGCAGGCAUCUGUUCUGUCCCUGUCUUUCGACAGCACUUCCCAUGCAUCAGCCCUGUGCCAGGCCCUGUGCUGGGUGACAGGUGCACACUGGUGAACAGGACAGACAUGGCCCCUCCACUCAUGAAGCAUGUAGUUUAGCUCCUCAUAGAUGCCCUCGUCCUGAAAUAUCCCUGAGAAAACCCACAUGGUGGGAGGGCACCAGCAGCCUCAGCAUUCCCUUCUGCUGGGGUCAAGAAUUAACACCAUAAUAUAGCCCAAAGAAUCAGUGGUAAAACUAACACAAACAAUAACAUUUUAGUGAAGUACAGGAUACAAAAUUAGCAUAUGCAAACAAUAAACAGCGGUGGUAAUGGUAGUGAAAAUCCCAUUUACAAUGGCAACAAAGAAGGUUAAAUACUUUGGAAUAAAUUUAACAAGAUACGUACAAAACAUAGAAGAAAAAUGCAAAAAACUCUCCUCAAAGACAGCAAAUAAAACUUGAACAAAUGUAAAGACAUCCCAUUCUUGGAUAGGAGGACUCAACAUAAAGAUGUCAGUUCUGCCAAAGUUAAAUUACAAAUUUAAUACAACCUCAGUGGAAACACCGCAGUCUAUUUUAUGGAAUUCUACACAUUAUUCUAAAGUUCAUACAGAAAAGCAAACAUUCAGGAAUAACCAGGAAGCCACUGAAAAAGAAAAACGUUGAUGGAGGUCUAGCCUUACCAGACAUUCCAACAUACUCUAAAACCUCUGGUAUUAAAACAGUGUGGCAGCUGCUGCGAGAAUAGACAGAGCAGUGGAAUUGAAUAGCCCGGAAAUAGACCUAAGCACACGUGGAAAUUUAGUACAUGAUCAAGAUGUCCUCUCCAAUCAUUGGAGUAAAGAUGGACUUUUCAGCAAAUGGUGCUGAGAUGAUCCUUUGGAGAAAGAGAUAGAUUCACGUCUCACACCAUACCCAAGAAUAAACUCCAAGUGAUUAGGGAUCUAAAUAUACAAAUUGGGACCAGGCAAGUACCUCGAUUUAAGGAAAGCUUCCUAACUAUGACUCAAAAUCCAGGGGCAACUAAAGGUCAAUCAAUUUGACUAAAUAAAAAAAUUUUUAAAUUGUGUGAUAAAACCCAUCAUGAACAAAUCCAAAAGACCAGAAACUGGGAGAAAAUGCAACAUAACUAUGUAACAGACAAAGGGUGACUAUUCCUAACUACCCAUGAAGAAUUCUUUAAAAAUGAAGGACAGAGGACCAAACAUCAAAUAGAAAAGUGAGAAAAAGAUGUGAAAGACAACUUACAAAAAAGAUGUAAAAAUGGCCUGUAAACAUGUGAAAAACACCCAGGUUCACUCAGAAAUGUAAAUGCUAUGGUCUGAAUAUUUGUGUCCCCUCCCUGCCUCCCCCCCCCCAUCAAAUGCACAUGUUGAAAACAUACUGCCCAAGGCAAUGGUAUUUAGGAGGACCUUCAGGAGGGGAUUAAGCCGUGAGGGUGGACCCCUCAUGAAUGGACUCAGUGCUGUUGUAAAAUGACCUCACAGAGCUCCCAGGCCUCUUCUACUAUGUAAAGACGCAGCAAGAAGUCAGCAGUCUGCAAACUGGCCAAGAGCCUUUGCCAGAACUGGACCAUCCUGGCACCACGUUGGACUUCCAGCCUCCAGAACUUGAAAAAUAAAUUUCUGUUGUGUAUAA